AUGAGCUAUCGAGGUCGAAAUCCUCCCUUCAGGAGACCGGAUACUGGCACGAGCAUUAGAAACAAUACCGCCGGGAGUCGAUUGCGGCCCGUUUCCGACCCUCUUGAAGCUGUUGGUUUCCCGUCAAAGGGCGACAAGACGCUAUUAGACCACAAGGCUCAGAGAACAUACUACGACAUCGUCGUUGAUCGGUACAUGCGAUUCUGUUCUAGCCACUCGCAGGAUCUAGAAGCAGCAUGGGCAUCUCUACCUGCCAGCGCGUCUGCAGAUGCAACCAAAAAUCCCCCAUCGAAUCUUCCCGCCCUUCCGAUUGGCACACCGUCUACCAAACCCGCUUCUCGAGAUGACUCCGCAGAAGACCUUGUUGCGAAGACAGAAAGCCUGAGCCUAUCAACAAUCAAGACUGCUGAGAGACAACGCCCGCCGGCAGCUGAAUUAUCCACAUUGCUGAUGUCACUACGCAAACUCCGCGAGGGGAUCUUGGCAACGUCAUUUAUGACUCCCAUAGACUUUCAACAGCAGGUAUAUAUCUUCUCCAUCCGAUUCUCGAUACUAGCGCGCCACCCACCCUCGUACUUUUCUUCGUUGCGUUAUCUGGUGGACAGCUUGCACACAGUUUCUCAUCCGCUCACGCCACAUGUCUUGGCCGAGUUCACAUCCUACCUUAUCCUGGACUAUGCGUGCCGGCAAAACUCGCUUGCUCCCGCCUAUACAUUAUUGAUCCAGGCCAAGGAGAAAUAUGGCUUUAAAUCUUGCGUAGUGGACCGAGUCCUUCAUGCGCUCACUCAUGACAACUGGAUAGCAUUCUGGCGGAUUGCAAAAGAGGUAGACGGCUAUGUACGAGCAAUCAUGGGCUGGGCAACAGACCACAUGACAAAACAGGCACUCAAGGCUGCUGGGCGAACAUACCUGAGUGUGAACGUGAGUUGGCUGCUGCGAACAUCCACUGGCGAAGAAGGCUGGACUUGGCAGAGGCUGGCAGAAAAGGAAAAGCUAGGGUGGCAGCUUGAGGGCGAUUCGGUCGUUAUACGGAAGCCUAAGGUGAAAACCUGA